GAAAUACGUAACGUUGUGGCUUGUAAGUUCUGUGCACUUUUGUCAGUGUAACUUCUCUUACAAGCUGAUAGCUAUAACGUUAGGAGGGAAAGUGCUAGCGGUGGCUAAUAACAGUGAUCUAAGUUCAGGUUAUGUUGUAACGUAAAUAUUUAACCCUAUGUAAGGUAACGAACGCUGUUAAGCUAGGAAACACAUUUACAGAAAGGUUUUGCAAAACUGACCAUUACAGUUUACAAUAACCACGACCUAGCUAGCUUACAAAGAGCCUUUGAAUGAAGCACCACUGCGUUGUUAGCUUAAUGUUAGCAUUUCUCAGGCCUGCUACCACGCAGUAAGCAUUUGUAGCAUUUUCAGCCACGGCCAUUUUCAUAUACAUUAAACCUGAGCAUUUAUGCAUUAUUUAAAAGCCUUAGUUAUGGAGCAUCCACCAGUGGGCAUACAUAUUAUUAUUACCAUCACCAUCCUCAUCCAUAGGAAAGUCCUCGCCUCCCGCUUCAUGAAGGUCCAGUACGUCCGCCAUGAUGUCUGUGUGUGUUUGCUGCUGUUCCGACCAACGCAACGUGCGUACGCAUAAAGAGCCAAAGGGUUGCCGGAUGUUGCCAGAUUACGUAAAAGUCACUUCUUUACGUGGGAAUUGAUUAAAUUCUGAUUAGCCAAGAUUUACUCAUCCACUGGAGCUAUAAAAGCCUCUAGCUCCCUGACAGAAGGUACCGUUAGGUCCAAGAACCCCAGGAGUUAAGGUUGGUCUUGCUCAUCUUCAGCCAUGAAAUUCUCCCUUGUUGCCGCUCUUGUCGUUGUGCUGUCUGUUGCCCGUGGCACUGAGGCCGGGUCACUGGUGAAGCGUGACAUCCAGUCUGAGGUGGACAGAAUCUCCAAGAUUGUCAAUGACAUGUCUGCCAGCAUCACCUCCACAACUCAGGACAUUGUGGAGAAGGUGAAGGCUCUUGAGGUGACCCACACUGGCCAGACUUACAUUGAGGACAGCAAGGCCCAGAUCCAGCCUCUUGUUAAGAAGGUCCAGGCCGAGGCUGCCAAGCUGCAGGAGCAGGUCCAGCCCCUCAUCGCCAACAUUGAGGAACAGAUCAAGCCUCUGACUGACAACUUCAACACUCAGGUCAAGCCUCUGACCGACAUGAUGGAGAAGAUCUUCCAGCAGGUGGUGGACCAGACCAAGGCCCUGCUCCCCUCCAAGUAAAGCUGGCUGUUGUUUUACUCCAGCUGCAUUAACGACCAAGCUGAGCUAGAGGUCACUUUUGUUGCCACACACAAUGCUUCACUGGUGUUUGUCCAGCAUACUCCUCUCUCUCUAAAUCAUCUGAGACGUGAUGCUUGAAUGUCAUCAAUAAAGGGGUAUGGAAGUCUUCA